AUGCAAUAGUAAUCAAAUACAAUUUGCCAGCUACCAAAAAGACCUCAAAGAGGAGAGAAUCUCAACAAAGAUUAUAGGAUGAAGAUUCUUGACUCUAAUCAUUUCGAACUUUAAUUUUUGAAAGAUAUACAACUUCAUAUUUACAAAAAAGAAGUGAAACACUUAUUUGCUUCAAUUAAAAAUGAAAUUGUUUCCUAAGGAAUCCAAAGCUUUUGUAUCACAGGAGCAAAUAUAUGGAGUUUUCAAUUACAGAGGAAUAAUAUUCACAUUACAAAAGUAGUGGAUGAAACUAAGUUGAUUGUAGAUAUCAAAUAUGUGAAGACAAUUAAUUUAAAAGAUUUAACCCAGUAUAAUGAUUAAUAAUCAAUAAACAUAUCCAAAUAAGCAAUUAAUGCUAUACUUAAGUAAAUUCAUGAGAAAAGAAAUAUGAAAGAAUUUUUUGGAAAAGGUAAAUUUUAUGAAUCGGUAAUGAAUUGUAAUCAAAAAUUUUAAGAGUUUCAAAUUGCAUAUUUGAAAGGAUUUAGAAAUGUAUAUUGUCCUGGUCAGAAUACUCCUCUACUUCAAAUUGAUUAUAGUACAAAGUUGAUAAAUACUGAUUCAAUUUUGAACUUUAUUUAUAACUUUUAAGGUAAUAGAAAACAACUACAAGAAUAACUAUAGCAUACAUCUGGAUAUGCCAUGUACUCUAAAAGAUUCUAUAGAAUCCUUGGUAUAGAUUUUUCCAAGACUCCUUAAUCGUUAAUGGAAAAUGGAAAAAUGACUUAUUACUAAUAUUACCAACAAAAGUACAAGAUUACAAUAUAUGACUAAACCUAACCUUUAUUGGUUCAUUGA